AUGGUUAAUAGUUUCCAAGAGUUGGAAGAAGAAUAUGCGGAAGAAUGUAAGAAAGUAACUGGAAGAAAAGUGUGGUGCAUUGGACUAGUAUCGUUGUACAAAAAGGAGAAUUUGGACGAGGCUCAGAGAGGAAGUAAAAAUCACUCGAACGAUGAGAAUCAGUACUGCUUGAAGUGGCUUGAUUCACAGAAACCAGGCUCUGUAAUGUACGAUUGUCUUGGAAGUCUGAAUCGCCUAACUCCUCCCCAUUUGGCAGAGUUUCGUUUAGGCUUAGAGGCAUCGAAAAGGGCCUUCAUUUGGGUUAUGAGGGAUGGAUAUAGAAAAGAAGAAAUUGAAAACUGGUUAGUAGAAGAUGGUUUUGAGGAGAGGGUUGGUGUGAGGGUUAGGGCUGAGAUGGUUGUGCUACUUUGGGAAGAAGAGAAAUGUGGGUUGCUAGUGAAUAAGGAUCGCAUUAAGGAGGCCAUAGACAAAGUUAUGAAUGAAGGGAAAUAA